AUGGCCGACGCCCAUUCAGAAUCGACCAAACCCACGCUCUCGCUCGACGAUCUCCGCGAACGGAUCGAUCAGCUCGACUCGAAGCUCGUCGAACUCCUCAACGACCGCGCCAAACUCGUCGUCGAGGUCGGCAAAUACAAACGCGGCACCGGCGUCCCCAUCUACGCGCCCCACCGGGAGCAGGCCGUCCUCCAGAAGGUCCUGGACGCCUCCCGCGGCCCCCUGCCCGCGAGCGCCAUCGAGGCCAUCUGGCGCGAGCUCAUGUCCGGCUCCUUCGCCCUCGAGCUCCCCCUCCGCAUCGGCUAUCUCGGCCCCGCCGGCAGCUUCUCCCACCAGGCCGCCUCCAAGCAGUUCGGAUCCUCCGUCUCCUUCGAGGACCUCCGCGACAUCCGCGCCGUCUUCAACGAGGUCGCCCGCGGCCACUGCAACUACGGCCUCGUCCCCAUCGAGAACUCCAUCGGCGGCGGCAUCGUCGAGACGCUCGACGCUUUCCUCGACGUCGGACGCGAGAUCGAGAUCUACGCCGAGGUCCAGAUCGCCAUCCACCACAACCUCCUCGCCAACUGCGAGCCGAAGGACGUGAAACGCAUCCAUUCCAAGCCCGAGGUUUUCGCGCAGUGCCGACACUGGCUCGGCGCGCAGUACCCCGGCGCCGAGCUCAUCGCCGCCGCGAGCAGCGCCCGCGCCGUCCAGACCGCCAAGGCCGAGGAGAUGCUCGAGCCCGGACGCGGCAGCGCCGCGAUCGGCUCCCACCUCGCCGGCCAGCUCUACGGGGUCAACCUCCUCUUCGAGACCAUCGAGGACGACCCCAACAACAUCACGCGCUUCUUCGUCAUCUCGAAAGAAGCCGCCCAGCCCUCCGGCGACGACAAGACCUCGAUGAUGUUCACCACCCAGGACAAACCCGGCGCGCUGGUCGAGGUCCUCCAGGUCUACGAGCGCGCCGGCAUCAACCUCACCCACAUCGACAAACGCCCGAGCGGGCGCGAGAACUGGACCUACACCUUCUUCGUCGACGCCGUCGGCCACCGCGAAGAGAAGAAGAUCAUCGACGCCAUCACCGAGAUCAAGACCCACUGCAAGGACGUCACCGUCCUGGGCAGCUACCCGAGGUCGAAGCGGAUCCUGUGA